AUGAUUCAUCACGACGGAAUUCCUCCUCCCCCUCUUCUUCUUCAACACUGCUGCGCCCCCACCUCUCAAUCUCUUUCACUCUCUCGGCUGACACAUACACACUCAAUCGGAUCUCCCUCUCUCCCUUUUUUGGAAUCACGCACGCUGGCACACACACACACAGAUCAGCACGCCGCCCCCUCUUCUCUCCACCCUCAUCUCCGGCCAACACCGGCCCUCCUCCGACGAGCAGCGACCUACGGUCACCGCCGCGCCACCACUCCUCUCUCUCAAGCCCCGCCGCUGUGGCUCCACUUCCGACGAAGCAGCGCCCGACCUCCCUCAAGUUCUCUCAUCCCUCUGAUCUCGUUUCCCCCCUGGCUCCGACCGGCAGCAGUAGUUAGCUCACCGCCGGCCGCCGUCUCCCUCUAUCCUAAGUCAGACGGCAGCGAACCGCCACCAGUCGCCCGACUCACCGCCCUCGCCUCCCCCUCUCUGGCGCUUGACUCCGGCAGACAGCAGCAGUUAACAACCGCCGCCGUUGCCGCCCUGGCUCGACUCGGCUCUCACAACAUCCGACAACCAACAAUAAAACAGAGUUCAAGUGUAUUGCAAGUUGGGGGUGGUAUCAAUACAAGCAAUGCCUUGACUUACAUAGAUGAAGGAGCAAGUCAUUUUAUCAAACAGGUGCUGAAGAUGAAUGAAUCAACAGAUUGCAGGAAGAUGUAGCUGACCUGAACCGCCUGCACCGGAGGAAUGUUGUUGACAGAUGCUGUUUGAGGUAGAUGAUAAGGCGAAGUAGUUUUUUAAGAGCUGAUUCUCUAAUGCUCUCACUCACGUAUAUCACACAAAACAAUUUACAACCCUAAAUCAUUUUAAUUUUCAACUAGUAUAUUCACCCGUGCAAUGCACCGACGUGACAUUUAAAACUAUAUAAUUAUAAGGUGUGAUAUUAUAACUAUCAAAUAACUUAAAUAUAUCAUAAAUAGUACUAAGAUAAAUACAAUAUAAAGUUAUAUUUAUUUAUUUUUUUCAAAAAAGUCAUAUUUACAUGCAUGUGUUGUAUUCAUAUGUUCUGUAUUUAAUUUUGUGAUUUUAUGUACUAUAAAUAUUUUCAUUUGUAAGUGCUAUUUAAAUUAUCUAAAUAAAUUAGUGAUAUUACAUAAUUUAUUUGUGCUAUGUUUUCAAUUCUUAUUAUCUUCAAAAGUUUAUCUUUUAAUUUUCAAUAUGUUUUUGUUUUCUUUUCUAAUUAUAGAAGAAACACAUCAUAUGUAUUGACGGGAAUAAAUAACAAUGAGUAGUUUUUAUAUACAUUAAAAAAAUGGAUAUGUUUCUAUUACAAAUUAGAAUGCUAAUUUUCAUUAUUAACAGAAAAUUAAAUAUACAAAUUUGUUUCGUCUUAUAGCACACACUAAUUAUCCAAUAACAAUAUAUAUAUAGGGUGUGGUUCUAGAGAGAACUAUAUUAUUUGUAAGAACGUGAGAACCAUCAAAUCUAAUGCAUCCACUGUAAAAAUUAAUGCAUACGCUGUUAAAAUUAAUGCACUCAAAAAAAUAAAAAAAAAUUGCUCCCUUCAGGAUUCGAACCCAAGAUCUGUAUUCAUCUAACAAGAUGAUGCAUCCACCGUAGAUCUUGAUGAUCGAAUAGCUGAAAAUAGUUCUCCAUUCUUUUUUUAUUUAGUGGUUUUAUUUUGAACUUCUCCCUAUAUAUAUAUAUAUAUAUAUAUAUAUAUAUAUAUAUAUAUAUAUCCAAUAACAAUAUAAAACUAAAUAUUUAAAAAUUCCUACUUUUUUUAAUCAAUUUUGUGUGCUUCUUUUUCUUCUUCUUAUUCUCAAUGUAUUUUUAUUUUAAGAAAUAAGAGCAAUUUUUAAUGUAUGAAUUUUAUGUAGAACACGUAUGAAUUCGCUGUAUAAAAGUAUGAAUUGUGAAAAAUAAUUUUUUGCUACCUUUGGGAUUCGAACUCAGGACCAUAAAUUCAUCCAACAGGAUUACGAAUCAACCGUAGAUCUUGAUGAUCUAAGGGUUGAAAAUGAUUCUUAUUUUAUAUCUUAAGAAAUGCUCUUAUUUUAGCCCUU